AUGGAGCUGGGAGGGGCGGUGCGUAGGGAGACCGGAGGGGGUUCCAGUUCGUGCACCAUUGUGGCUGCAGAGGGCACACUGCCGGUCGGUGCCAGGUUGGUCUCUCUGGGAUUCGAGGCAGCAGGCAGGGCACUCUGGCGUCACCCCAGCAAAUUUGGCAACGAUUGGGCGUUCAUACCUCUGCCCUCUCUGCCCGAAGUGGUGUACACGUUCAAUAUGGAUUUUGUCGACAACUUCGUGGAGGUAGACGCUUCCGAGGCUGGGAUAGGAGCGGUGCUCUCUCAGCGCACGGGUACGCCACCGAAUCUCCGCCCCUCUGCCUUCUUCUUGAAGAAGCUCAGCCCGGCAAAGCAAAAAAAUGAUGAUGGGGGGGUCCGGGAGCUGUUGGCUGUCGUCAAGGCCUUGAAGACAUGGAGACAUUGGCUAGAGGGAGCUAAACACCCUUUUCUCAUCUGGACUGACCACAGCAAUCUGGAGUACAUCCGGGCCGCAAGGAGACUGAACCCUCACCAGGCAAGUGUAAGGCUCCUGGGCAUCUGCCCAGAGCCGGUUCUGGCUCCUGCGGUGGAUGACUGGUUCCGGCGCACGGAGGAAACAUGGGACGCCGCCCAUGUCCAUCUUCAGCGUCACCGCAGUAAGGCCCCGAUGUUCGUACCGGGGGACCGGGUCUGGCUCUCGACCCGAAACCUGCCCCUCCACCUGCCCUGCUGGAAGCUGGGUCCACGGCCGGUGGUGGCUGGCCCGCUCCAGGAAUCUGAGGUGCGAGAGGUUCCUCCCUCCCCUCUGGACAUUGAGGGGGCACCGACGUACUCCGUUCGAUCCAUCCUGGAUUCGAGACGUCGGGCGAGGGGCCUUCAGUACCUCGUGGACUGGGAGGGGUACGGUCUGGAAGAGAGAUGCUGGGUUCCGGAGGAGGACAUCACCCUGCACCUCGCCCUCCGGGUCGUCACCGAGACCGGUGUUGGCGCGCUGCUGGAGCCGUGCGUCAAGAGGGGGUACUGUCACGACUUCUGCCGAAGUCAGUUCCUCUCCUUGUUCGGGCGGUGUUCGGAGCUGUCUGCCUCCUCACGUGGCCGUCAAAGGACACAAGCAGGCCACACCAACCGCUGGCAGCUGCGCCACCCCCUUGGCAGUGAUCUGCUGGGGCAAGCACAAGCUGAGAGAACCAUGAGAGUGGCCCUCAACACAUCACUCAGGACCAUAAGGACAGCUGACUCUCCACAGCCCUGCACUCAUGAUGAGCCCCCCCUGCCAAGGCUUACCCUCCCAGCGAGCACCAGCCUGCCCAGAAGCCCCAGACGCUGUGUGCCAGGUCAUCCCAGCAAGGCUACACCAGAGGACCUGUUCUACCUCCUGUCCCGCAGUGUUGUCCAUUACAACCAACCAGACGUGGUGCUGGAGUGCCUGGGAAGCCAGUGGGAGCUGCACUGCCCUAAUCUCACCAAGUCAGGCACCCUAAGCAACCUCUACAUGUCAACCAGACAGCAGAGGGCAAGGAGCCUUCAGGACAGAGCAGGAAGUGGUAAGAAUGGGAAAGACAAGGCAUACAGCCGACCUGGCAGCAGCAACUCCAGCAGAGACAAACAGAAUGGGAAGAAACCCGCAGGCCCCCUCGUCCUCCAACUCCCUGUGAAAGAAGCCACCGUCACCAAAGAGGCCCUCUCCUUUGCCCUCAGGACCCUCUAUAACCCAGAGGCAUGUCCUGAACACUGGGGAGAGGGGGUGCUCUCUACCGCCGCCCUGCUGGGCCUGCCACACCUUUUCCAGAGGUGCCUAACAGAGAUGAUAAAUAAGAUCAGCUCCUCCACUGUGUGUAUCUUUCAUCGCGUGUCCUGCAAGUUUAAGGAGACCAGUCUUCAGAGAGCGUGUGAGCGAUGGUUGGAGCUUUACCUGGUGACUGAGUUGACAUGUUUCAUCUACCUGAGAGACUUACCCUUUGAACUCCUCCACAAGACCCUAAGUUCACCCAGGGUCUUUGCUGCCUGUGAGUACCAGCUCCUGAAGACAGUGCUAUACUGGGUAUUCCUACAGUUCAACCCUGCAGCUCAGAUCCUUCCCUCUCAUCGGUUCAUUAUGACCUUCUUCUCCAGGGCUGGCGUCUUCUUGGAACAGCCUGUGGGACAGAGGUUCACCGUUCUCUUCCGGGCCCUUCGCUUACAUGGCAUCACUCAGCGAGCCAAUCUUGAGGAGAUGCAGCAGAUCCAUGUCUUUCCUCAGUCCUGGCUGCUCCUCAUCUUCUCCAAGCACUACUACGCUCUCCACAGUGGAGGAGACAUGCAAGUAACAGAUUUCUCCCAACAAGCAGUGCGCUUCGGCAUGGUCAUUGAGAGGGAGCCUCAAUACUGCACGCGAACCAUUGGACUGUAUGGCUUCUACUUCCUGCUUAAAGCAGCCAGCAUGGGAGAGCUGGACUCACAUGGCUUCUCUCUGCAGAGACUGAGACACUGGGACCCUGCCAUGUCUGUGCGGGCGUGUGAAAGGCAUCCUUUCAGUAUGAUGACAGAGCGGGCCUUGUCCUAUCAGAUCAACGUGCAGGCCCAUGUGCACGGCCAGUGGCAGGAGUUCAACAGUGGUCCCAUCAACCAGGAGUUUGGCCUGACCAAGCGCACCUGCAAGAGCCAGGUGUUUAAAGUGAGGGGCCUCAGCUUGCCCAUCUUUGUGACCUUUGCCCUGGCCUUCGCUGCAGUCUGA